CAAAUGUCUGGCAUCGACCUUACUUCGUUCGUGUUUUGGGAUAAGCUGUAACCCCCGAGUAUCUACCAACAAUGUAUUUCGCAAACAAUUUCCUUGUAUUUAUGCUGAUGGUUUUGUUCGUUAUCGCUCCUGAUUGUGAUGCUUGGCGAAGGCGUCGUCGACGUCGCUGUACUCUGCGAAGCUGCGAAGUUAGUUAUUGGUCGUCCUGGAGCACGUGCAGUUCAGAUCAGUGCGGGCAACAAGGAUCUCAAAGACGAUCAAGAAGUGUAGAGUCCUCACCAAAUUGUGGGGGAAAGCAAUGCCCUGAUCUGUUCGAAACACGGCUGUGUUAUGGAAGUAAACCGGUGAACUGUCAAUUAAGCUACUGGUCAGAAUGGAGCGCUUGCACUACUGUGUGUGGCGUAUCAGGGAAACAGACAAUUUAUCGCCACAGAAUAAGAACAGAACAGUGUGGAGGAGUAUGUACGUCCACCUUCUAUAAAACAAGAGCCUGUCCUCUCACGAGUUGUUUAAACGGAGGAAGUUUAGGAAGUGACACAUGUUUCUGUAAGAAAGGCUUUGGUGGAAAUUGCUGCGAGAAAGAAGGUAAUAUUUACAGGUUGGCAACUGUUAAGUGUCUGCUAGCUUCCUUAUGA